AUAAUUGUAUGUUAUUAAAACGCGAUGUCAACAUUGGUGGAACUUUUGAAACGCUACAUUACGACGUGAAACAGAUUUGUGGCAGAAACGCCAUGGUAUCCUAGCAACGCAUUUUACUAUCGACUUGACCCACCCAAUAUGGCGGAGGCGCCGACGUGCCCAAGCAACGGACCAACCCACUUGAGGCGGCGAUGCAUCCCAGACCAGUGGGAGGGAAUUAAAUUAAAACGCAUGUUUUUUUUUCUCCUCCUCAAGAGGGGCUUCAUGUAGUGGUCUUCACUCGUUUAGAUGUUUUCAGACAAGUCAGGGCCACGAAACUGAGAAGACAUUUGAACGAGGUCCGGUGAAGAGGAAGUGCGUGGGAUGCUUCGAGGCGCUUCACCAAAAAGAGUCACGUGUGUGGUGAAGAAGCUCUCCAAAAAUGGAAGUCUCCCCGGCCAAACCCAUGGCUUGCGAGGAGGCGGCGAGACAACGGGAAGACGACCUUUCGUCUUCGGGUGAUCAUCUUCUCACCCUGAAGGCCUUGACGGAGAAACUGAGACUGCAGACCAGGAGACCUUCUUACCUGGAGUGGAAAGCCAAGGCGGAGGCGGAACGUUUCCGCGGCUCGGGCAGCGGGGAAGCGGGACGCAAAGCAGGGGACUCGGCCGUGAUCCGCUGCCAGUUGCCGUCGGGGCUGCUGAAGACCUUCGAGACCGUAGACGAGGCUCUCAGCUGGCUCAGGAGAGAACUGAGCGACAUGCGCCAGCAGGACCAGCAUCUGGCCAGGCAGCUGGUCGGUCUGCGCGGCGACAUCAGCGAGCUGCGGAUCGAGCAGGCGUGCCGGCUGCACCGCCGCAUGCUCAACGAUGCCACCUACGGGCUGGAGGAGCGCGACCAGCUGUCCGACCUGCCCUACGAGUGCCCCGUCACGCCCGGCCUGGGCCUCUCGGCGCCCCUGCGGCUCAUCGGCGUCACCAAGAUGAACAUCAACUCGCGUCGCUUCUCGCUGUGCUAGCCCAAGAUUACACUGGAGCGAAGAGAAGCUAACGCAAGGUUGUCUUUGAGAGCAAAUAAAAACACAGUUGGAAGUGUCACAUCUGAGAGCCCAUCCAAAA